GCCUGCGAUCCUGAAGCUUUGCCAUCAGUCACUGCCCCCAGUCUGGGCAAGGGGCAGUUGGUGAACCUGCUGCAUCCGGAGCCCCUUCGCCUGGUGUGGACGCAGCCACGGACCCAGGAUGCUCCAGACCUGCCGCGCUCUCUGUUCCCAAGCUGGUCCCCCCUCCGGGGGCUGUCCGCCCCUGAGAUUUGAUGGCGGGGCCUUCCACCUCAAGCGCACGAAAGAGCUGACACGGGCCUUGCUGGUUCUCCGGCUGUGUGCCUGGCCCCCGCUAGUCACCCACGGGUUGGCGCUCCAGGCCUGGUCUCAGCGACUCCUGGGCUCCCGGCUCUCGGGCGCGUUUCUUCGAGCAUCCUUCUACGGGCAGUUUGUGGCUGGUGAGACAGCAGAGGAGGUGAGGGACUGCGUGCAGCAGCUGCGGACCCUUGGCCUCCGACCGCUGCUGGCAGUGCCCACUGAGGAGGAGCCGGACUCCACUGCCAAAACUGGUGAGGCCUGCUACGAGAAAAACCUCGGCGUUAUGCUGCGGUGUGUGGACCUGUCACGGAGCCUCCUGGAGCCCCUCAGCCAGGCCAGCUUCAUGCAGCUGAAGGUGACGGCGCUGACCAGCGCUCGGCUCUGUAAGGAGCUAACCUCGUUGGUCAGAAGGCCAGGGGCCUCGUUGGAGCUGAGCCCUGAGAGGCUGGCCGAAGCCAUGGACUCUGGACAGAGCCUCCAGGUCUCCUGUCUCAAUGCGGAGCAGAACCAGCACCUCCAGGCCUCCCUCAGCCGCUUGCACCGGGUGGCACAGCAUGCCCGGGCCCAGCACGUGCGGCUCCUGGUGGAUGCGGAGUACACCUCACUGAAUCCCGCGCUCUCGCUGCUUGUGGCUGCCCUGGCCGUGCGCUGGAACAGCCCGGGGGAAGGCGGGCCCUGGGUGUGGAACACCUACCAGGCCUAUCUCAAGGACACACUUGAGCGGCUGGAGCGGGACACAGAGGCCGCGCACAGGGCUGGCCUGGCCUUCGGAGUGAAGCUGGUACGGGGUGCGUAUCUGGACAAGGAGAGAGCAGUGGCCCGGCUCCAAGGGACCGAAGACCCCACUCAGCCUGACUAUGAGGCCACCAGUCGGAGUUACAGCCGCUGCCUGGAGCUGAUGCUGACGCACGUGGCCCGCCAUAGCCCCAAGUGCCACCUCAUGGUGGCUUCCCACAAUGAGGAAUCUGUUCGCCAAGCAACCAAGUGCAUGUGGGAGCUGGGCAUUCCUCUGGACGGGCCUGUCUGUUUCGGACAACUUCUGGGCAUGUGUGACCACGUCUCUCUGGCACUAGAGUUCUGGUCCUUCCCAUCCCCCGUGGAUCCCUGCCCAAGAGCAGACUGAGUUGCAGCCCACACAUGCCCUCGCCACCCUUUCGCUUCCCGGUGGAGCUGGGCUCCGAGAGGGAUCUAGACACCCAGGUGGGCCUUCUGCACCGCCUGGCGGUGGCUGGGGGCCCAGGAUGGGUCCUGGCCAGACUCCUGCGGAGAGGUGAGGGCCUGGUUACUGGGACGUCUGUGGGGACGGGAUCACGCAGCUAUAUGGAGGGUGUGGCUUCAGUUGGCCAGUCGGCAGUGGUACAGAUCACCUGCUGUGCACUGAGCUCUGAGCUCUGUGGUCCCUGAUGGGGACUGAAGGGUGAACAUGAUCCUUGGAUCCACUGGGAAUGAUAUGCAGUGGGAUGAGGAUUAGAUAUUAGACAGCAUGGCCUUUCAGGU